AUGCCCGUGCCCUUCUCCCUCGUCUGCGACUUGCUUGAAGCAUCUUACGCACUUGCAACAGCUCGCAAGUCCAGCACCCCGGCGCUUAUUGCCUGGUGCUCUAAACAUCGCAGCCUUAUUGAUGCACCAGACACCAACCUCGCAGCUUUACUCUCCACUUUGCUCCCUGACAAGAGGGCAGACAGGGUGUAUUGUAUACAAGCAAACGGCCUUGAGCGCAUCAUCGGGCGCGGUUUGAUGCUUGGUUCGUCUCGUCUCAAGGAGCUCUCAAUUUAUAAACAGCCGGGCCUCGGACUGGAUCUUGCCGACUGUGUAGAGCGUAUUUUGACUGCCACUCCGAAUCCAACUCUUCCAGAGAGGCUUCAAGUCACUGUUGAAGAAAUUGACGAGGCCCUGCAUUCUGUUGCAGCCCAGGUAAGAUGGAGCUCUCCAUCUAUACGAGUUCCAGAUGCGAGUGUCGCCAAACCACCCGCUCGGAGUGGCUUAGAGGUUGUCUAUAGACGACUUACUGCGAGAGAAGCGAAAUGGUUCACAAGGAUGGUUCUCAAAGACUUUCAACCACUAGUAUUUGAUGCAUAUGAAGUCUAUUAUUCGUGCGAUCCUCUUUUGCCGUCAAUUUUAAAAAUCCGCGAAGACUUCACCAUUGCCAUCGAUACUAUGCAACGACUGAGGAGAGAAAUGCGCACUCUGCACCCUGAAAAAGUAUACAUUGAGCGAGAGAGACUCUCGUCAAUCAAACCGCAGCUAUCUGUCAAAGUGGGCAGGCAGCAGUGGUUUAAAGCUCGCAGCAUAAAACACUGCAUCAGUAUGUGCAAGGGUCUAAUGAGUGUUGAACCAAAAGUGGAUGGAGAAUACUGCCAAAUCCACGUUGAUGUUAGCAAGGGUAGACGCGGCAUCCAAAUCUUUUCCAAGAGCGGGAAAGACAGCACCGAAGACAGGGAGCGAUUAAUCGGGAUCAUCGUUGAUUCAUUGGGGAUAGGAAAGGCUGGAUGCAAUAUCAAAACAGAGUGCAUACUGGAAGGAGAAUUAGCUGUUUACAGCGAAUUACUACUCGAGAAACUAGUUCGUUGCGACAGGGGACAAGCUGAACUCAUACAAAGGCAAAUUAUCAACACUAGUCAUCCUAUGGCAGCUUCAGCGUUGCGAAAUGCAUUCGCCGAAGUAAUUACAGACAGGGGUGAAGGAUUGGUACUGAAAUCAGACCAAUCUUAUUUCAACUUUGAGAAUGAUGGACGACCGUUUACAAACCACUGCAUUAAGUUCAAAAAAGACUACAUUGGUCGCUUCGGAGAGGUUGGCGAUUUCGCUGUGGUUGGCGCUGGAUUUAAUGCGGCCAAGGCGAGAUCAUACAACAUUGACGGCCUCAAGUGGACUCAUUUCUAUGUCGGCUGCAUCGACAAUAGAGAAGAGGUGAAGCGAUGGAAUGCCACGCUAGAGUUUACCGUUGUCAAUGUUGUUGAGCUCACUGAAGCUAUGCUCAAGACAUUCGUAUUGUACACGAAUCCAAAGCCAGUGCCAGUUGGAGAAAACGUUCAGACCAAACUGAAGCAAGCCGCCGGAAGCCAGCCCACGCCGAUGACCGUCGCAUUCGCGAAUCCUCCCGUUUUUGACAUGAGGUGCUUUAGCUUUGACAAGGCAGGCGACACAAAUUGGUGGAGUUUACGGUUUCCAUCCGUCGCAAAGAUUCAUUUCGAUCGGGAUUUCUCCGAUGUACUCUCUUUCACUGAUCUACAAGAGAUUGCAGAGGGUGCCACAUCAGCCCCUGAACUGGAAGAUAGCCGGGAUAAUCUUGCCUGGAUCGCGAAACUAGAGCAAGCUGACCCGAGAGGUUUGGCAGUUGACGCUGCUACGCAGUUGACAGCAACAACGAUGCCAACACCAUCGCCGAGACGAGCAUCUCAUAAUUCCUCGGGCUCUCUGCCUCUAACCAGACACGUUACUGGAAGCUUUCUAGAACGAUCCCUUGAAUUAUCAAACACCUCGGUAUCAGAGUCUCAUAGAAUUGCUGCAUCGCAGCCAUCUCCUACAACGCAUCUAUCGAAAAAACAUCUCAACGAUAAUAAAAGGAAACGCAUCACAUUUGCAUCCGCCCUGUUCUCUCCACCGAAGAAACGUCGUCAGUCUUCUAGGGAGGAGAACUCUGAAUCAACAUCUUUGGGUCGCGAACCUGUAUCCGAAUCGCCAACCCGACGUCCUCUGGGGGAGAUAGAUGGUAACUCUAAACAGAAGCUCCAGGCAUCAGAGCUUCCUCCAAUUGCCUACCCUCCCGAUAACGAAAAUUUGAAGGCCUCCCCCCACACCAAAGAUUACCAGGACAAAGGGGCAGAUACUAGCAGGCAGGAAACAGGCGCUGGUUGUCAAUAUGCUGGUCCGGAAUGUCAGCUAGCAAAUCGACUUAUUCUACUACCGUCGUACUUUCGCAAUAUCGAAGAAGCCGAGCCCUUGUUCCGGACGCACGGAUUGUCAAACAUUGUCAGAGAUGCCGAAGCCUGGAUCAAAAACGACACAGCCGAUUCUUCCCAGAUAUCAGACAGCCAAACAGGUCGUAACAAAAUUCUGUUUGUUGAUACGGUAAAGAAGGAACAAGAGACGAAGACUUUGCUCUCUAAUUUGGAAAGCAUCCGCGAAAAGAUCCCAGAAGAGAAACGAGAAUGGAUAAGUGUAUUUGAUUGGCGGGUCCUAAAUCAUCUCGCCAUUUAUGAAGACGCAGAGACUACGAAGAAAUAUUACGAUGGAUUUCAUGAUCCUUGGCGGCGUUGGUAUUCAGGGUUGAUUUGA